AUGUCAGGAAGGGGAGGAUUUCGUGGAGGAGGAGGUGAUCGUGGAGGAAGGGGUGCACCAAGAGGUCGAGGAGGUGGUGGUGGGUUUAGAGGUGGUAGAGGUGGAUUUGGUGGAGGAUUUGAUAAUGGACCCCCUGCUGAAGUUUUAGAAAUGGGAACAUGUGUUCAUGCUGUAGAGGGUGAAUUACUUUGUACUUCAACUAGCACAAGUAAAGUUCCAUACUUCAACGCACCAAUUUAUUUAGCCAAUAAAUCAUCUAUCGGUAAAGUAGAUGAAAUCUUAGGACCUAUCAAUGAUUUUUCUUUUACCAUCAAGAUGGCAGAUGGAAUGGUAGCUUCUUCAUUUAAUCCUGGUGAUAAAGUUUUUAUUGGUAGUGAUAAGAUUUUACCUAUCGAAAGGUUUUUGCCAAAACCGGCUGGAGAGAAGAUUGCAAAGAGAGGUGGUGGUAGAGGUGGAGGAAGAGGCGGUGGUCGAGGAGCUCCAAGAGGUGGCCCAAGGGGAGGUGGACGAGGAGCACCAAGAGGUGGAGGUCGAGGUUUCUCGCGUGGUGGUAGUAGCGGUGGCUCACGUGGAUUUUCACGCGGUGGACCCCCAAGAGGCGGGGGCGGAUUCCGCGGUGGUGGUGGUGGUGGAAGAGGAGGAGGUGGUGGUCGAGGAUUUGGUGGUGGACGUGGUAGGGGAUAUUGA